CCGCGUUCGUCGAAAGAGCUCGAGUCGGAGAAGGCUCGGGGCGACGCUUUCACGUGGCAGAUAACGCUCGAGAACAGAGCGGGCGCUCUGUCGGCAAUGGCCAGCUUUCUCGCCCAUUGCGACAAAUUAGCCACCGAUGAAGUGAACCGACGACUACUCACACCAAUCGAGUCGGCGCUCACAAUGUUGGCCGCUUUGGGUCCUGUGUUCAAGAGUUACGGCCCGUCUGUUAAGGCGAGCGCUGCGAUGGUUAGACUCAGACUCUACGAAACGCUACUUCUAUUACCGCCGCAAUCGUACGACAAUUGCUAUACAAAUCUGUUGAGACUAUUAGUAUCGGAGUUUACGCUAACCGAAAACGUGGCCAACACUACGAGCUCAUUGUUGAGGAGUUUUUGUCACUCGGAUGACGACACUAUACUCGGCUCAUGGCUUCAGGAGACCGACCACAAGGCUAUUGAGGAUCAGGUAUUGAAAAGUUUGCAGCCGAACAGCAGUUCCAGUUCUGGUGCUAUAGAACACGACACGACACAUCUCUAUAAGACACUACCGAAUGACAUCGCAUUUCCCGGUCCUUACCCUUUGGGAGUCGCCGUUAUAGACAAGUCUGCGCUCGUCUUUUCCAAUGUGUUCCCAUACGUGGCGAUCAAACAUCGCAUUCAAAUGUUAAAGCAUUUCAAUGAGUGUAUUAAACACGCGAAGGCCGCCCGACAGGAGGCCAUACAAAUCAAUAUAUUGACCGCCAUUUUGGGCGCUCUUAAGAUUUUGGCCGAAAAUAAGAUGAGUUUGGGAACCGAUGAGGUGAAGAAACUGGUGGUUAACCUAACGCUGAACACAAUGAGUCACGCGAACCCAUUGUUACGAUGCGCGUCGGCCGAGGGCUUAGGCCGUUGCGGACAAGUGAUAAGUGACGGCCGAUUCGUCGCAGAGAUGGCUCAACAGUGUUUCGAUAAGUUAAAGAGCGCGAGGGAUGCGCUCUCCAGGACUGGCCAUUCCCUCGCUUUGGGUUGUAUUCAUCGAUAUGUCGGCGGUUUGGGUUCGAGUCAACACUUGAACACAAGUAUUAGCAUUUUGUUGGCGUUGGCUCAGGACAUGUCCAACGCCACGGUCCAGGUCUGGGCUCUGCACGCGUUGACUCUGAUUGCCGACUCCGGCGGACCGAUGUUCCGCUCAUAUGUUGAGCCCACGCUAUCUCACUGUCUGAAACUCUUGCUUCAAGUGCCGAUGUCUUACUGCGAUGUCCAUCAAUGUAUCGGAAAGUGUUUGUCUGCAAUGAUCACCACAAUAGGUCCCGAACUUCAGACAAAUACCAACUCGAUCUGCGCGACGAGAUCUUCGUUACUGAUAGCGUGCGCUAUAAUGCAAGAAAACGACGACUUCUUGGUUCAGGCGGAAGCCAUCGGAUGUCUGCAACAGUUGCAUAUGUUUGCGCCCAAACACGUGAACCUCUCCUCUUUAGUACCGGUUCUUUGCGAAGCCAUACGGAGUCCACACCUUAUGUUAAGACGCGCUUCAGUGAUGUGUUUGCAUCAGUUGUCGCAAAGAGAAGCGAAAGAAGUCUCAGAACACGUCUAUCUGUGGACUAAAGACUCAAAGAAUGAUAAUUUAAAGAAAUUGUUUAACAGCUCAGUAGUGGGCGAUCACGGGUUGUCCGGAAUGUUGGUCUCGAUGUUGGACUACGAGAAGGACGACAUAACUGUUAAUAAUAUUCAUAAAAUAGUUCAAAGUUUGGUCCAAACUCUGGGAUCCGAUCAUUUGUUCCAAUGGUUGAGUCUGUGUAGAGAAGUGUUGACAGCAGCCGAUCCUAAUUCGGCACUUCCUUCGCCCGAUAAAGACAUGGAUGGAGACAAUGACGAGAUGGUGGACGUGGAGGAGAGGUUUAAAGCGAGUGAAGAGCCGUCAACACAUCCGCCAAUAUCUCCGCGAUGGCUGACCAGAGUAUUCACAACACAGACAUUGUGUCGAAUAAUCAAUUCGUGCGAAAACGCCGCCAAUAGUGGCACACAUUUUGACCUCUCGAUCGCUCGCGAGAGACGCGCCGUUACGGGCGGUGCCGAAGAUUUUCUUGCACUCCAUUUGUCUGAUUUAAUACGAAUGGCAUUUAUGGCCGCGACGUCUGAUAGCGACGCUCUUCGUAUGGAAGGCUUGAAAGCGCUGCAACUUAUUAUCGAUAAGUUCUCGAAAGUACCCGAACCUGAAUUCCCGGAUCACGUGAUACUCGAACAAUAUCAGGCACAAGUGGGCGCCGCNCGACUACCCGAACCUGAAUUCCCGGAUCACGUGAUACUCGAACAAUAUCAGGCACAAGUGGGCGCCGCUCUUAGACCCGCUUUUUCGGCCGACACUCCAUCGCAUGUGACGGCUAUGGCCUGUCAGGUAUGCAGCGCUUGGAUCGGAAGCGGUGUCGCCCGCGAUCUCAAUGAUUUGCGUCGUGUGAACCAACUGUUGGUCUCGUCAUUGGCUAAACUCCAGAAGGAUUCCAGUUCUCGGCUCUACAACGAAAGCGCCUCUACUAUUGAAAAGUUGGCUAUUCUUAAGGCUUGGGCUGAAGUCUAUGUCGUGUCAAUGGCUCAUAAUGUGACCAAUUCUGAAACGAUUAGCGCCGAAAACGACAAGGAUUUGGCCACCGAUGCGGCGAAUGAGAGUUUACUUGAAUUGGUUGCGCCUGAGUUGCCAUCCCUGAGCCGUCACUGGUUGAACGCGUUGAAAGAUCACGCGCUGCUAACCCUUCCGGCAGAGUUCUCCAGCCAAUUGCCUCACGACGGCGGAGCCUUCUAUACGUCGGACACCAUUGAGAUUGCGAGACCUCGUUAUAGGGCGUCGUGGCCUCCGAUACUACACGCGGCCGCCCUCUGGCUCUGCAGUAAUGGCUUCGAAGUGAGCGCCGAAUCGAGCGCUUCCUCUGCUGAAGAGCGCUUUCAUCUGCUGUUUGGCAUUUGUAUGGAGGCGUUGUGUAACCCCAAGUCGACCGAACCAUUGUCUUUCAUUGUGGUCUGUCUGAAGUCACUCCAGCAGCUCAUGUGUCAUCCCUUUCCCCAAUCAUUGCUGGGAAAGGAUAAACAGUUAUCCAUAGAGUUGUGUAAUGUAUUGCAUCGACUGCUACUGACCCGCGAGACGCCUGAAUGUCAGAUAUUGAUCCUCAAUAUCGUCCAAAUUGUCACUCAUUCGCAGCUCAAGUAUUUGGAUAACGAGAAAAAACGACUGCUUCGGGAGUUAGCGCCGGCCAAUCAGGAACCGGAAGACAGUGAUAAAGCAUUGGCCACUUUGGGUGAGGGCGGAGAGUCGGGUGAUAUCAUUCCCGGCCAGUCUCUGGUCUACGCUUUGCUCGAAGUGUGUUUGUGUGUAUUAGUCCGACAACUGCCGCAAUUGAGUCCAUUGCUCGCCAAUACUCCCGGUUUGGCGCUAACCGUCCCGAAGAGUAGUUUCCGAUUGACGGAAGAGUCGGCCGCACUGAUUGGUCGAGCUCUUCAAAUACUAUGUGAUUUACCGCUGCUCUGUUCGCCAAAAGGAAGUACUGUUAUAUUGCCGUCAAUACUGUAUUUAGUGACAGGAGUUCUGCGGGAGUCGUCGACCCAAAUGAAUGGCGUGUCCAUCGCCGACAGUCAGCCCGUGUCUACAGUUCUGAGUUGUCUUCGAUCGUUGAGCGCAUCCUCUUUGGCGAAGAACAGUAUCUGCGGCCAAAAGUGGACCGAAUUAUUACAAAGCACUUUAGCUGUGAUUCUCGACUUGUGUAAGACAAGUGAUUCGGACGAACCAAAACCCGAUGAGAUAACAACACUGUUAGCGGUCGGCAUAUUUAUAGUGAAAGCGCCAUCAGCUGUAGUGCAGGCGCCGAACCUUCAAUACCCAGCUAUUAAUCUGUUGAAACAAUCGCUUCAAAGCGACAAAAAACUCGUUCAGCUAAAGUGUAUUCAAACAAUACGAGCCAUAUUUGAACAGUCAAUGAGUGAAGUGUCCGUCCCAUACAUCCAUAUCCUGGCGCCGCGAAUGAUAGAACUGCUCAAUAAUUUGGUCAAAAAUGUCAAAACAAACGAUUUUGUCAGUCAAGUGGAGUGCGAAAUAGUCUUAGAGUUGUUCCAGACGCUGGAAGUACUCAUUGAAAUCGCACAAAACGAUAAAAAAGCCAACAUUUUGGUGAUAUAUCUGCCAUUAAUGGUAAACCUAUUAUCAGACGAUAACAUAAGUCGUGUGCGCGGUUAUCGGCGCGUUCUUCACAAUCACGCGCUCCAGAAGUUGACAUCAAUCGGACCGAAACAUCCGCAAGAGUUCCGUCAAGUGAUCGGUUCUGUGCCGAAGUUCCGCAACAAUCUGGAGAACGCCAUUAGAAAUCAACAAAUAAGUGAAAACAGUGUACAAAAUGUGUCGCAAAACGUUUCCGUUCACAAAGAGAACCCAACCAUUAAAUUGAAAGUCGAUUUCAGUAAUUAUACCGAAAAUUUGAAUUAAAACAAUCGCUGAA